AUGGCACGACCAGCACCGGCUCGCUUCUUACUUGCCGGGCCUCCUCUUCCCACGCGAGGCGCCACGAGUCUGCUUUCCGCACCUUCUGCCCGCUCUCUUUCCGCCUCUCUUGCGAGCAAGUGGCCCGUCAGGGCUAGCGGCACUCGUCGAUUUUUCGUAUCUAGCACGAUAAUUCAUCGCCAAGCGCGAGAUAAUGUGGUCGACGCCGAACCCGUACAGCCCAAUCCCGGCCAGUCAUCGCCACCUCGAUCUGAGCUGCCUCAACAGCAGAUCGAUGAGCAAUUUGAUCGCGUUUACGAGAAGCUCUUCAACAAAAAGCGGCCGGCCAGGGGAGAACGCGACUCGCACGAUGCCGCCAACCCGUUCACGCAAGACUGGCGCGAGCGGCUGUUCGACAUCAUGUUCUCGAACGCUGGCAACCUCUUCAUGAUGACGGUCGUGGCGUCACUCUUCUUCCAGAUCAUGCGCGAGCAGGGCGAGCACAAGGAGUACAAGCGCCUCACCACCGCGCGUCUCGACGAUGCCCAGCACGCGCUGCGAGUGUGCCAGGCGCAGGUCCACCAGGCGGCCGACGCCAGGCGGCAGGAGCUCGCCAGUGCGCUGGAGCGAACGAACACCGCCGUUCCGCCCGAGGAGGUCAAGCGACUCGUCGAUCAGCUCCUCACCAGCCUCGUAGCCGACAUCGAUGCCUCGCUUACCACCGAUGAGAGCAAGGCCACGACGCAGACUGAGGCCAGCAGCGAUUCCGCACUCGUCGACACCAACACGCCGGCUACCAGCAGCACAGCCGUGGCUACUACUGCCGAGGGCCAUCAAGCUGGCUACCACAAGGUGGUGUAA